AUGAAGCUUGUCAGUUCAAGAAUAACUUCGCCUGAAAAUCUUUUCCUUUGGGAAGCAAACCUCAUCGGACCGGCCAACUGCCCGUUCAAAAACGAUGUCUUCGCCGUCUCUAUUCACAUCCCAACUAAAUAUCCAUUCAAACGACCCAAGAUCAU